CUGCAGUCAGUCGUCAUCUCAUCCGGACACCACCAGUGAGCCGUGCCCGUCUUCUCCUACCCCCAAACUCCUCGCGCUCCUCGCUGCACACACACUUAUCUUUCCAACUCACGCUUUCUCCAUCGUUGCUUCGCUUGCUUCUUCUCUUCUUUCCUUUUCUCGUCUCUAUCCAACUCCAACUCUGCCACCUAUAAAUUCCAGCCACCGCCAUUGAAUUGAAUUGAUUGCGCAGAAUUCUUGCAGCUGAUCGCGCCGGAAGCUCGCAUCGUACGAGAUAGUGUGUGUACCUAGAUAGUCACGUACAUAUACAUGGCCGCGUGGUUGGUACGCCGGGCUGCCAGGAGGGUCGCUGGCGAGCUGCGCGGUCGUGGACCAGGGCCGUGGUCCUUGAGCUCGUCGACAGUCCCGGUUCUCGGGGUGCCAGCAGUGGACCAAAGCAGGGCGUUCUGCUCCGUCCGGCGCUUCGCAGGAGAUAGCGCCGCCGCCGCUGCCGUCGAGGAACCGGAGAAUGGACUUGCCGCAGGCGGUCUGCAGUGUGUAGAUUUCCCUGGAGGAAAGCUUUCCUUUGUUGGUGAAAUGAAUUUCCUGCCAGAGUCGCAAACGGAAAGGAUCAACUGUUACCGUGUUCUUGACGACGAUGGUGGCACUAUAUACAACAGUAGAUUCCAAGAGGUCAGCAAGGACUUGGCUCUGAAAAUGUACAGUAACAUGGUCACCCUCCAGAUUAUGGACACAAUAUUCUACGAAGCUCAGAGGCAGGGAAGAAUUUCCUUCUAUCUAACUUCCAACGGUGAAGAAGCAAUCAACAUAGCCUCUGCUGCUGCGCUUAGUGCUCAAGACAUCGUACUACCUCAGUACAGGGAGCCUGGUGUUCUUCUAUGGCGUGGCUUCACACUGCAAGAAUUUGCAAACCAGUUGUUUGGGAAUAAGCUGGAUUAUGGUAAAGGGAGGCAGAUGCCAAUACAUUACGGAUCAAACCGUCUGAAUUAUUUCACAGUCUCAUCGCCUAUUGCCACUCAGCUCCCUCAAGCUGUUGGGGCUGCCUAUUCUCUCAAGAUGGACAAGAAGAAGGCAUGUGCCAUCACAUAUUUCGGCGAUGGUGGCACGAGCGAGGGAGACUUCCAUGCCGCGCUCAACUUCGCUGCUGUGGCGGAAGCACCGAUGAUCUUCUUCUGCCGCAACAAUGGGUGGGCAAUCAGCACCCCAACCGCCGAACAGUUCAGAAGUGACGGAGUUGUUACCCGGGGUCAGGCCUACGGAAUACGCAGUAUCAGGCUAGACGGCAACGAUACUCUUGCUGUGUACAGUGCAGUGCACACCGCCCGGGAAAUGGCUAUAACUGAAGGAAGGCCUAUUUUAAUCGAGGCGAUGACCUACCGAGUCGGCCAUCACUCGACAUCCGACGAUUCAACCAAGUACAGGCCGGCUGAUGAGAUGGAGCAUUGGCGAACAGCAAGGGAUCCCGUCUCCAGGUACAGAAAAUGGGUUCAGGGGAAUGGAUGGUGGUGCGAUACUCAAGAGUCUCAACUCAGGAACAAUGUGAGGCAAGAGCUCCUGCAAGCCAUUCAGGUGGCCGAGAGGAUGCCAAAACACGGGCUUGCGGAGCUCUUCACAGAUGUUUAUGAUCAAAUCCCUUCCAACCUUCGCCAGCAAGAGCGGUCGCUGCUGGAUACCAUCAAAAGGCACCCUGCAGAGUAUCCGGCUGAUGUGCCUGUUUAGUAGCCUUAGCUCUGCGAUGUUGUUGGAGUCUGUAAGUACCCAUGAAUAAUGUAUUUAGCUAGUACCAUGAGAGUUAAUAUUGAUUAUAGCUUGAAUUGUAUGUAACUUGAAAAGGAGGAAUAAACUGCUCAUCCAAAAAAUCUUUGAAAGAAAUAAUACAAGAGAUUAGCUGUUGCUUACACAAAGAAUAGUUGUUGCCGACAUUUAUGUUGAACAAAGCCAUGCUAAGAUAUUUAACUGCAGGCAAAGGUCUCUUUUAUUUAGUUUCUUUCAUGACAUGGCUGCCACAACUCCUUAGAUGUACAAAUGCGGCACAACAAGGAUUGCAUUUGUCCAAACAAAAAGGUCGGUUACACAUAAACAGUGUGAAUAAGGUGUGGCAUUGCGAUCAUCAUUUUGAUCAAUCCAAC